AAGUUUUCGAUUAAAGAAUCAAAUUUGAUCGUUAAAUCAGCUUUGGAUCGAUUCAAGUCAUCCAACUGUCAAUUGGAUGCUUUGCUAGCCUUUCAACUAAUACUGUCGGCCACUUAUUUUGUUGGUUCUGUUGGACUCGACUUAGAGAAGAAUAUGGAUGACAGCGAAGAGUUCUUAUUGGCAAUGGAGAAGUUGGCCGUCAUUUUCGAGAGACUGAAGACUUGUCUGUCAUACGAAGCCCAACAAAUAUGUAAUGUUUUGCCGCAUUUUUUGUGUGAAUUUUUCCCUACUCAAGAUAUCCUCAACAAAUGCAUCGGGGAAUUCCUGUCCGGACAGCAAACUCAAGCCAAACAUUUGGCUAAUAUUCUAUAUGUGGUUUUUAACAAAUUACAAACAGAAUCGCGUUUAGAUAUAGUACACGACUGGGUCAUUCUAUCCCUGUCCAGCUUUACUCAACUCAGCCCUAUAGGUGCGGCCAUUUGGUCGCUCACCAGUUUCCUCAUAAGUGCUUCGGUUAACCCAUGGAUUCGUUGCGCGUUUGCAUACAUUCAAACUCGUUUUGGACUUUUGGAGGACAUCGACAGACAAUUGUUUGUCAUUGUCUGCUAUAACUUCUAUAAUGAACUGAAAAGUGAGCCAAACAGAGAGGCAUUCCGUACAACCUUUCAAAGUGUCGGAGAACCCGAUUCUCCAUAUUCUCAGCUGAAAAGUGAGCCAAACAGAGAGGCAUUCCGUACAACCUUUCAAAGUGUCGGAGAACCCGAUUCUCCAUAUUCUCAGGUUUUGAGACAUUUGCAGAUCACUAAGUCGCAAACUUUGGGUAUUAAGGGAUCAAAUGGUGGCCCAAUUGGUGAUGGAGUGAGAGGUGAUGCGGUGGACCGGCUGUUGCCCUCGAGCCCCGGCUUUGGUCUCACUGUGAGAACGAUUAGGCGCUGUCACCCCCACCCACACCCCCGUGCGAUAGGCUGUGCGCCAAUGUUCGUGCAAUGUAGGGCUAGUGGUGUACAGUGUAGUGAACGCAUAGACAGACAGAGAGACAGACAGACAGAC